AUGCAAGCGGUUUUGGUGCACAAAAGGGAGCGGCCGAGAAACACGAUUUUUCAUAUGGACAGCUUUCUUGGAGGAUCGCCGAAUAACUCGAGUUAUGAAAACAGUUUCCUGUCAACACAUUGCUCGGUGGAGAGCCUCAGUUCUCCGUCGCAUUCGUCAGGGAAACGGCAAUCGAAUCGCGAUCAGAAUUAUAAUGUGCGCAUCUUUAAAGAUCUCAAACAAAGUGGACAAAGACCCCUUCCGCAAGACGUUCAAGAGGCUCGACGAGAGUGCCAAAGUGCCUUUGAUGGAGUAAGGAGUGUCGAAGAGAAGAAACAAACGAUACACGAAGCGCAUGAACAACUUAAUCAAUUGGCACUCUUUCUUGAACCGAAUUCAGAUGAAUGCAACACUCAAUUCGUCGCCGAGUACCAGGCUUUUGUUUGCUGGAUGUACACGAAGAUCCGAUUCGGCAACUUUGCUAUCAAUAUUGCGAACCACUUCUCACAGUUGAAGAAUCGACACAAGCAAAUCUUUGAAUGUUUGAAGAGUAAAAAGUUACGUGUGGAGCGUCUCUCGGCGAUGCUUCGAUUCUCGCAAUUAUGUCUUGAAUAUGCGGAAGUUUGCGAUGCUGAUUCACUUCAAUGGUGUCGACGAGCUCUCGAUGAGGCUGAGGAAUGCCGUAAACGAAGCGGCUCUCGAUUGAGCGACAAUCAAGAUGGAUCAAAAACAAAACGAGAAAAGGAGGAGAGACGCGAGAAAGAAGAAAGGAGUAUUAGUCUGAUUCGUGAGCUUCUCAAUUCGAAUAUCACUCGAAUCGAGCUGGCUUGGACCCGAUGGGGAGAGAUUGGAGAAACGAAACCGAAGAAUGAAGUGCUCGUU